CUAGGAUGAGAGGAGAGCAAGUUCGCAAUUGGUUCGCUAGACAACUGAUGCUUCCGGAAUGGAUGAUUGACAUACCCGAUAACUUGAGUCAAGACUGGUACGUCUUCGCCAGGCCGGCCGGGAAGCGCUGUUUCGUCGUUGCCUCAAACGGAACGACGGUUAGCAGGCAACGAAAUGGGUCGAUCUUGCAUUGUUUCCCUUCUGCUCUCCCAAACGGGGCGAAGACGAGAGAACCAUCAGGGCCUGCACAUUCCUAUUCCAUUCUCGACUGCAUAUUUCACGAGGUGCGCUUCAUCUCUAUGAGAGCAGAUUUCUCAAGCUUAGUUUAU